GUGACCGUUCUCUUGUUUCUGCAGUUCCUGACCAGGCUGACCGAGAGGUUCGUGCUGGGGGUGGAUAUGUUUGUCGAGACGUUGUGGAAAGUUUGGAUGAAGAUCUUGGAUGUUCUUGGACUUGACGGUGACUUCCCUUACUUCAUGGCCCAAGAUAGCUGCUCCCACUCCCGGCAUCGCAUCUACAUUCCAGCAGGCAGAAGAAGAGGAGUGUUGAACCUGCCCCAGUAUUUCAGCCCGGCCUCGGUGGCCAGCAGCCCGGCCCGCGCCCUCCUGCUGGUCGGCGUCGUCCUCCUGGCCUACUGGUUCUUGUCUCUGACCCUGGGCUGCACCUUCAGCCUCCUGCACAUGGUGUUCGGCCGCUUCUUCUGGGUGGCCCGGGUCAUCCUGUUCUCCAUGUCCUGCGUGUACGUGCUGCACAAGUACGAGGGGGAGCCGGAGAACGCCGUGCUGCCUCUCUGCUUCGUGGUGGCCGUCUACUUCAUGACCGGGCCCAUGGGCUUCUACGGGCGCAGCGGGCCCAGCGGCCCCAGCGUGGAGGAGAAGCUGGAGCACCUGGAGAGCCAGGUCAGACUGCUCAACGUCCGCCUCAACAAAGUGCUCGAGAGCCUCGACCGCGCCAACGGCAAGUGACAAUCAGCCAGCCGGCCGGGUCCCCUCACGCCAGCGCCCUCUCUCCGAAAACAAAAAAGGAGAAGGAGGAAAAGAGCGCCAAACCCCAAGCAAUCUCAAUAAACAUUCCUGAGCACAGCGGGCGGCGCUCCGUGAGGGUCUUUCCGGCCACGUGUCGACCCUGAGGACACGUCCCCAGAGGAAUGACCGCAUCGUUUGUGUAGAACUACCCACGAAGUGUCAUUAGUGGGGGAGAAAUAUUUUUUAAACAAAGGAUAUAACCAUAUUAGCUGUACAGUAAGAGUUUAUCUGUGCAUAGAGCAUAAAGUUAAUUUUUUCAAGCACUUAAAUACAUCUUUUGUAAGGUUUUUUAAUAAAGGCAGAUUGAGUCAAGUUUAAUAAAACUUUACAUCGAGGGGAAGAAUAUGCUAAUUGGACACUUGGACUACAAGCUCCGAAGCUUGCGUUUGUUUUCACAGCACGGGGAUUGGUGGGUGAGGUCUGCGUGCGUGAUUCUCCUGUUCCAAAACCACGGGCUCCAGCUUAUGUUAUUUUUGGUUGAUGGUGACUUAGCGGAUGGAUGUUGUCGCGUCUGGGUGUGGGCCGUUGGGGUCCAGGACGAAACGAAACAUCUGUUGGGUCCUAGUGACCCCAGCCAGGCCCCUGUCAACUGUAUUUCCGAAAGAAAAGAUUAUUAUUUGUGAAAAACCUGAGAUUACUUGUUAUUUUUUGUGUGUUUUUUCUCCCCUUCUGAACUUUGAUGUAUUUUAACCUCCACGUUUGGUAAAGGAAAAUUCAAGGACUGGGCAAAGAAAUGUCUUUGGGGCUUGAUGCCGACAGCCACGCAGGCGAGCCCCAGAGCUCCCUCGGUCGGGAGUCUGUUUGAUGCCCUCAUGUCGCCAUCCUCCAGCUAGACCUCCAGAGGAAAGGUAUGCCCUCAAGGAUUGUUGUUGGUUUCACUGGGGUUUUGGAAUUAUUUUUAAGAACACCUUGGAGAAGAUCUGAAUUAUUUUUCCUGAAAUUUUUACAAUCCAUGUGUUAGGUGCUUUCUUUCUGAGGUGUGUGGUGCCCGCAUUGUAGGGGGUGCCCAGGGGCAGAGAGGGUCAUACCGGGCAGACAGCGGUGAGGGGGACCUUGGCAGGGGCGCCUUGUGAGGCUGGGUCAGGGGUCCAGGGAAACGCCCCAGGCUUGGCCCCCCCAGGCCUGUCGGUAAGCACUGGGGAACACAUGACAAGGGAGGGAGGCUCUGGCUUUGGCGAAAGGCAAUGUUGAAGGCUGCCAGGGGUUGCGACUCCCUCCACGAUCCUUCCCUGCCCACCUCUGUGCCCCGGGGGUCCCCCGUGGAGCCCCUGUAGGCAGAUUUGCAGAGACUUCUGUCAGAUGGGGUAGAUUCAAGACCCCACAGUCCACAUAGCAUUCUGGAGAAAAACCCAGCUGUCCGCCCACUGUUGUGCGGUUUUCCUAUGAAGUUUCAUUUCGGGUUGCAAGUGUCUGGAAAACAGGAGCAGGUGUGUUUGAGGGUGUUGGUGAAACUUCUAUUUUUAAGGUGCACAUAAUGGGACCCAAACUCGGCUGCAUUCGGUUCCCUUCCUGAAACGCAUACCUGUUCUUCUCCAGGGGGUGCUCGGGCAAAUCCUAAUCCAUGGGCAUCUGGAGCCCAUGGUUUCUGGAUCGAAGCCGUUCCAGUUUUGCCAUUUAGAUACUUCCAGACAAAUCUAUUUUAGCACAGAGUAUAAAAAAUAACUCUGGGGAGGCCGUCCUUGCCCUCCUUCCUUCUGUGCAUUUGGCUUUUGUGUUUUGGGCGUGUGUAGGUACUAAAGAAAACAUUGCUUUGCCCACGUGGCCAGGGGAGAAUUGGCAUUCGGUGCAUGAAGCUGCAAAGUCCUCAAUUAUCACAGGUCUGGAGAGAACAUCCACUCCAUUCCCCCUGCCAGCUUCUCACACGGAGCCCGAAGGGCACUGUGUGUGCUCAGAUCCACGCAGGAACACCGUUUUAACCUCCAGUAAACCAAGGGAGGCUCACGUCUCUGGAGACCUACAGUCAAAUUGGCAUAUCCCUUCAGGGCAGAACGUUAUUUGAAAUUCUGGUAGGAAUCGUGGAUGUUAGAUCUGGAUAACUUGCUCUUUGAUGCACACGUUUGCUUUUAGUUUGGGGCGUAUUCUCACCUCCAAAUAAUUUGGGAUUUUUUUUUUUCUUUCUCCCUUCCAUGGAAGCUUGUUAGGGUACUUGGCCUCUCCCAGAGCUCCCCAUCUCUUUCUUUUUCCUCUCUUUUGUACAUGGAAAAAAAUGUAUUUUUGUACCAUAUCUCAUACCUGGAAGAGAAACCCUUUUUUUAUGUCUCCCGGGCUGUAGAAUAUAUUAGUUCAACACUUCCUUCAAUGUGAUAUAAAAAAUCCCGACAAGAACUGCUGUGAAUGGGUUAUCAUUACGACCCGGUUUUCUAGAUCUCUUAAAGGUCAUCAGUGUUUAUUUCCCAGCGCCUCAGUGUCCCGACACACACCAAGCACAGAAAAGAGAAAGGACCAACUCUCUCUAACCGGCUGGACUUGUGUGGCUGUUCUGGGAGUCUGUGUUGACAAUGACCUCUUCCAUGGCACGCCGGCCUUCCGUCACUGCGUUCCCCGUAGCGAUCAGGAUCGGCAUCCUCUGCCUUCCGGGGGCUUGGGGCUUUCUGUGUCAGCGACACCCCGUAACACUUUUGCUAACAAUAGAAGUACAGCAAUAGAAGUUCUCGAAACAUUGUGCCAGGGUCUUUAUUGAUAAAGGUAACUGGGUGACCGUCACACAGUUCCCUAAAGCCAAUGCGCCCCGCGUGCCACGCAGGGCCCCCCCGAAGCCCCUCACAUGCAGGGUCGGGAAGUGGAGAGGGGGUCCGUGCUUGAUGACUGUGGUGGUGGGAGGCGACUAGGCUCGAACAUCCCCUCCUGGGGGCCAAGGGCAAGCGUGCAGGUCGGGGUCAGUGGUUGGGAGGAUUAUACUAUGACUUUGCACAGCCCUGAGGGCUGGCUUGUGGGGAAGAUGUAAACCACGGCGGCUGCUGCCCUGCGGCCUUAUGGAGAGGUGACGAGUAACAGGUCACAGAGCCAAUGCAGCAUCGGAAACAUGGCGAAUACACCAUGUCCCUGGUGGCAACCCCCAUCUGCUUCAUUUCUCCGCUUUCUGCUGCUUCUCAAACUGCUCUAGCUGCUUAACACCUGAUCACCGCCCGCCCCCCCCCCACCAUGGGGUUUGAAUUGUCUGACUCAACCCAGCAGCCAGCUCCGGCCAUCCAGCUGGCUCAUGUUAGAAGGAAUUCCUAAGGCCCUAAGAUGUCAUUCUCCUUUCCCCAACUUAAAAAAUAUAUAUCUAGCUAGCUAUAGAUAUCUAUCUAUAUGUAUCUCCAUUCUGCAAAGUUUUGUUUAUGGUCAUCUGAGUAAUUGGACCUUUGCUCCUCACUUGUGAAUAGUGAAUAAUAGAAUUAUAUAUUUUUCGCAGGAUCUAACAUAGUCCCCUUAAAAUUAGUACCGGACAGCCGUCAGUGUGAUGUACCGCGUCUGGGAUAAACUUUGUUCAGCGUUCUGAAUUCUGAGCUUUCCUCCUCAGUGAUUCCCUGAUUUGCAGGGAUACACCAGGACCGGUUUUUCCAUUGUGGUGGCAUAAAAAGCUGAUGUCGUUUGCAUUGUCUACUGAAACCCUGUGGCAGCUAAUGGUGUCAUUGACCCUCUGUUCUAAUGUCUCUUUGCAGAUUUAAAAGUUUUGUUAUAGCGUCAGCUUCAAUAUUCGCAUGUGUGUUAAAUCUCUGGAAACCGUGUAAUUAAAUUGAUUUCUUGUGAUGGUAACGGUGACUAGCGCUCACUUAAAAUCCAGGGAAGCAAUUAUUUCCCCUCUUAACUGGAAAUCAUAUUUGUGAUGUACGGUGUCCAUUAUCAACAGUGUGAUCAUGAUUCAAUUCAUAUUUUGUGUAUCUGGUUAUAAAUUUUCUAUAGCAUUUGAUUUCAUGCUCAAUAUAAAUCCAUUUGAUUUGAAUACGGUGGUGUGUGUGUGUAUGUGGUGUGUGCACACCUUUGUUCCGUAAGCCUUGGGAAACCGAUUCUAUGAAUAUCAAAUAUAGACGUAAAUGUAUAAGGCUUAUUUUAUUUGCAAAAAUGGUACAUACAUUCCUCCUAUUUAUUAAAUCACUGGCUUUAGUGUUCUCUAGAGACAUUUGUAGACCAACUUCAGAACAGAAUGAAAAUAUUGUGAAAAUUACAGCUUAAUAAAUGUUUAUUGUAA